GUUGGACUUGGAUUAUUCACCAACAGGGGAAGAGAUAGUUACAGGUGCAUAUGAUAGAACUCUUCGUCUUUUUCAUUCACGGAAAGGACAUAGCCGUGAUAUUUACCAUACCAAACGGAUGCAACGAAUUUUCUGUGUGAAGUUUAGUAUGGACUCAAAAUAUGUGCUUUCGGCUGUUAAAAAUGCACAAGAUACAAAACGUAUUAUGUUACAAUCUCAACGCCGUAAAGAAGAGAACUUGCGCAAGCAUUCUAAAAAGGAUUUUGUACCAUAUAAAGCUGAGAGGAAAAAAA